AUGACGACGUCGGCGAGCGAGGUCUCGGUGUGCUCGCACCUGUUCACGGUGAAAGGCUACACCCACACCAGGGGCAUCGGCGUGGGCAUCGCCAUCGAGUCACCGGCGUUCGACGCGGCCGGCCACCGUUGGUCCGUCGUGUUCUACCCGGACGGCGACGACCAGGACUCGAGGGGGCACAUCUCCGUCUACAUCAGGCGCGUCGGCGGCACCGGAGACGCCACCGUGCUCUACGGCUUCAGCCUCGUCGACCCGACCGGCGCCGCGUCGGCCCCGGAGGCCUCCAAGGCCCCCAAGAUCGCCUCGUUCGGGCGUUCGGCGGGCGGCGAGUCCAGGGCAUCGGCCGUUUCAUGGAGCACCAAAGGUUCGAAGCGUCUCCGUACCUGCGAGACAACUGCUUCACCAUCAAGUGUGUCAUCGGCGCCGUCAAGGGGCCCGGCCCGCCGCCGCUGCCUGUGGCGGCCUCGGAGCUGCAGUACGAUUUCGACCGACUUGUGGUGGACGUCGGCCGUUCGGAGGGCACCAUGUCCGAUGUCGACUGAGGAAAUCAUUGCUGCUCUGCUUCUACGAGAGCAGGUGAACCAUCAGCAAGAUAAAUAA